AACAAGUGCAUUUUACAAACCACUUCUUCUCUGGGUUUCACCUCCUUUGCCAGGUUUUAGCACAUUUCUGAUCAAAGUUCGAAAACCAUACUACUUUUCUUUGCAGAACCUCUGCGCGAAUAAUGUACUGUUAUCUGCCAUAAAUGUGGUGUAGCUUUGGAGAUGAGAAGAUUCAAGGACGCCCGCCAUUGAUGGACUGCUAUCCUAACAGUAGUAGUGAUAAGAAAACAUUGAAGUGGUGGUUUUUCAUAGACAAGAGGGUCGGCUAAAAAGAUUGACAACGAUCCAAGGUUCAUAACUGUACUUGACAAAGCUGAUUCAAACGUAAAAAAUAUAUAGUUUAACCUGUUAUUAGUGUAUUUAAAAGUGGUCCGAAGCUAAUGGAGUUGAAGUCAAAUCAUUCAUCUCCUCUUCUCACUGACCCUAUUCCAGUAAACAAUUCGAGACUAGGCAUCCAUUCGAAUCUGCUUUCAUAUCAGCAAUCAGGUGGAUCUUUACCCUCGGGCAAGUAUAUGACAAUUCCCAGGAAGAAACCUGGAAAGCUUGAGGAUGCUUGGUCCAAUGGUUGGCUAGAGGCGAUGAGAUCAUCAUCGCCCCCUCGGAAGAAGUUAAUUAAGCACAAGGACUUUAAUAUUGAUGCUUCUGCGGAUGAUUUCGAUAUUGCUUACGGCACCUGGAUGAUUAAAUAUCCCUCUGCACUUAAAUCUUUUGACAAAAUCUCGAAAAAUGGCAAGAACAAAAAGAUUGCAGUUUUCCUAGAUUAUGAUGGUACUCUUUCCCCCAUAGUAGAUGAUCCCGAUCGGGCAUUUAUGUCUGAUUCUAUGCGUUCUGCUGUAAGAGAGAUUGCAAAGCAUUUCCCAACAGCAAUUAUUAGUGGCAGAAGUCGUGAUAAGGUUUAUGAAUUGGUAGGACUAACUGAACUUUAUUAUGCCGGUAGUCAUGGGAUGGACAUUAUGGGCCCUGUGAGACAUGCAAAGUCUGAUGACCAUCCAAAUUGUAUUAGAUCAACUGACCAACGGGGCAAGGAGGUAAAUCUUUUCCAGCCCGCUGGAGAAUUCAUCCCUAUGAUUGACGAGGUUUUAAAAACCCUUGUCGAGAAUACAAAGGAUAUUAAAGGUGCAAAGGUUGAGAAUCACAAGUUUUGCACUUCUGUACAUUACCGUAAUGUAGAAGAGAAGAACUGGCCAACGAUCGCACAACGCAUUCAUGAUAUUCUGAAAGACUAUCCUCGUUUAAGAUUAACUCAUGGGCGGAAGGUUUUAGAGAUCCGUCCUGUGAUUGAUUGGAAUAAAGGGAAGGCAGUUGAAUUUCUGCUUGAAUCCCUGGGAUUAAGUGAUAGAGACGAUGUGCUCGCGAUCUAUAUCGGAGAUGACAAGACUGAUGAAGAUGCAUUCAAGAGUUUAAACAUUGUAAACCAGGUUUUCAGGGAAUCAAAUCUGGGUUAUGGAAUAUUGGUGUCCUCAGUUCCCAAAGAAAGCAAGGCAUUUUUCUCUCUGAGGGAACCAUCAGAGGUGAAGAAAUUUCUCAAGGCAUUGGUGACAUGGAAGAUGCUUGAAGAAAAGCUGCACAACAAAAUUUAAUGAAAGAGAAGCGCUUUAAUAAUAUUCUUACAAGUUUUCUAUUCAAUUUGGAUUCGAAACGUGCAAUGAAUCCAGCCAGCCAUUCCAAUGCAAAUGGCCACAUUAUUUCAAAUCUUUUG